GAGGACGGGGUCGUUGCCGGAAAAUAUUCCAUAUUGGCGCAACCGUACAUGCGCGUAAGCAUGUGUGGCGCUCAGGGCAGCCAAACAGAAACUGCAUGCCGCGAACGGAGCAGGCAAUCGAAACUAAGCACUGAAAUGGCUGAAACGUCCUACUGCUUGCGGCCAUCACGGCGUGCUACAGCGGUUUUUUUUUUUUUUUUUAACGGCUUCACUCAGUUCACCCACUUCGGCGGCGUUACGGCGGCGGCGCCCGCGGCGCCGACGCGCUUGUAUGCGCGGAGCCGCUGCGACGGCCAACCAACGCAUAGACAAAAGGCGGGCGAAUUUCAGAGGCACACUUCCGCAGUCGGCGCAGGCGCCGCCGCAACGUCCCCCGUCCACUGACGUCUUCCACAUCCGGAGGGUGUUUCCUCGCGUGGUCGCCGUUGCUUUUGCGCUCGCAUCACACGGCCGCUGUGCACGAUGGUGAUAUGGGCACCGAGGAAACCGCCAAGACUGGCUACCUGCACGUCCUCCACCAGGGAUUCCUCAAGGUGCACACGCGGACGCAGAGCCAGCAGUUCUCCGCCGACUCCUUCGGCGAGAUGACAGAGUGGAUCGAGGCGAUCAGAGGCGUCACAUUUGGACAGCAGGCUGUCGCGACUUCAUCGGUGCAGGAUUCGCCCAUCGUGGAGGAGGAGAACACGCUGUACGGAUCUCUGGAUGCUCCGCACGUGUUCCGGGUGCGUGCCCUGCCGACGGAGGCCGGCGAGCGGUGCGGCAUGCGCGGCUCCUUCUUCCUGCUGGUCGGGCCCCGGGGCGUGACGCUGGCCGAGCGGGGCCUGCGCGGCGCUCUGGGCGCCGCGCUGCUUUGGUGGCCCUACUACAGCAUCCGCCGGUACGGCCUGCUGGCGGGCACCUUCUCGCUCGAGGCAGGGCGCAAGGCGGCCUCCGGCGAGGGCCUCUUCAGCUGGCACGCCGCCGACGCCGAGGACAUCUUCCGCGCCGUCGCCUCGUUCGUGCGCACCUCGCGGGACGGCUCGGCGCUGCUCGAGCAGCUGGAGCAGCACUGCUACGAGAACGUGCCCCUGGUCACGGGCGCCGCCGAGGGCGACGCCGCGGACGAUGCCGUGCCGCACGUGCGCCGCAACGGCGCCGAGUACGCCGUGGUGCACAAGUCUUCCGCCAAGGCCCUUCACCCGCAGUAAUAAGAAAGUGCCCUUCCACUCCGCGCUCCCCGUCGGGCGCUGGUGCGCGCGAAGCCUGCGUUGCUUGAAGUUUAUUACGAUUUUGACAAUGCAAGCUUGUCAUGGCGCCGGAGCAAAAGGCGAGACUGUGCACGUCCAACUAGGCUCCUGGCGCCACGAGCACAGCAGACGACAGUGCAAAAAAUAUGUAUACAUAAAUAUACAUAAUACACACACAUAUACGUACUUAUAAAUACGUGUAUAUAAACGAAUGACUCAAUUAUACAUACAAUAAGUCAAUGCGGUACAAUAAGUAUAAAUAAUGGAAGUGAAGAAAUAAAGUAGGUACAGAAAGAUACAGAAAGGCCAAAGCUAAAUGGAAGCAAAAAGUCUUGCAACGCAUUAAAUUGCAUAUCAAUCGAAAAGCAGGAAAAUCAAUUAGAAAAACAGGUGUCAAUUGUCGAGAGAAUACAGUCUCAAUUUUUUUUUCUGAAUGUUGAAAUGGUUGACGAAUUUUGCAUGAUAUCAAAUAAAAGCAUGCCCAUCAUUAAGUAAAUUAGAAAUCUGCCACUCUAAAAGCUGACUGCCGUAGUUCUGGUUUUUACCUUAAUAAAGUUCCUAGCACUUAAGGUGUAA